GCCAGCAUAGGUGGCUUAAUUUUUCAAGAGUGUUGGUUUAUUCUCCUAUUCAUUUUUCUUUGCUCUGUAGGUACUUAAGACAUGACUCCUGCUGUCUUCUUGGUCAUCCUGUGUUUGGGAGUAGCCUCAGGUGCUCCAAAACCAGAUUACAGUUUGGAUGCUGAGUGGGAGGAGUGGAAGAGGAGCUAUGAGAAAACAUACACCCAAGAGGAAGAAAGACAGAAGAGAGCAGUAUGGGAAGAAAAUGUGAAAAUGAUCAAAAUGCACAGUGAGGGGAAUGGCCUGGGGAUGAACAACUUCACUGUAGAGAUGAACGAAUUUGGUGACAUGACUGGUGAAGAAAUGAGGAAAAUGAUGAUGGAGAGUUCAGUUCUGACUCUAAGGAAUGGGAAACGCAUCCAGAAACGAGGCGAUCCCAAAAUCCCCAAAACUUUGGACUGGAGAACACAAGGCUAUGUGACUCCUGUGCGGAGACAGCUAGGUUGUGGUGCUUGUUGGGCUUUUGCUGUGGCUGCUUGCAUAGAAGGACAGCUGUUCAAGAAAACAGGCAAACUGAUCCCACUGAGUGUACAGAACCUAAUAGACUGUUCUAGAUCUUUUGGCACUGAAGGCUGUAAAGGAGGCAAACCUUAUGGUGCCUUCCUAUAUGUGAAGCACAAUGGAGGUCUGGAGGCCGAGGCAACCUAUCCAUAUGAAGCAAAGGAAAAGCUCUGCAGGUACCGUCCUGAACGUUCUGUUGUUAAGGUCACCCGCUUUUUGGUUGUCCCAAGGAAUGAAGAAGCCCUAAUGAAUGCUUUAGUAACUCAUGGGCCUAUUGCUGUUGCAAUUGAUGCUCAACAUGAAUCUUUUAAAAAGUAUAAGGGAGGUAUAUACUAUGAGCCUAAUUGCACACGUGAUUCUCCUAACCAUGGUUUGCUGUUGGUUGGCUUUGGCUAUGAAGGCAGAGAGUCAGAGGGCAAGAAAUAUUGGCUGUUAAAGAACAGCCAUGGUGAAAACUGGGGAGAAAAUGGCUACAUAAAGAUUCCCAGAGAUCAGAACAACUACUGUGGAAUUGCUUCCUAUGCCAUGUACCCCAUAUUGUGAGCUGCCUAGGGGUAAGAAGGAAGGGAAGAUAUUAGGGCAACACAUAUAGAAGAACUCCAUUGUUGGGCUCCAUAAGGCCGGGGCAUGGGGCCCAGUGUAGCUUUCUGAGCCUAUCUCAAGUUUUGUGACCUGUCCUAGGACAUGACACCGGCAUAAGAGUGACUCAGCACUACCCGACCUAGAAUGGAUUCUGCCUAGUAACUGCUGA